AUACGAUAAAAGCAGUUAUUUUCGCCUUGCUGCAGGACCAAUUGAUAAUAUCGAAGAUGUUCUAAAGUCAUUUUUCGACCUUCCUGAAAAAUUUCGUUGGGUUAAAACAGCGCCGUAUACAGAUGGAGGUUCCUGACGGGCAAGAAAAACACCCAUUGUUGCCAACUACAGUUCACAUUAAAGGUCAUUGGAGACCAUAUAACCUGUCAAACAUUGAAGAGAACCAGAAAGGAAUAUGUAACAGUGUACACUCACCAGCAUUGGAAGAGACUACACAUAGCCCGUCUAGGAUGACAGAUGACUUCACACAGACAUCAAGCUCAGACGAUCAACCAAAAAACCCUUUAAAAGGAAAAUUUGAUUGGACAUUGCCUAUGAAGCCAGAAGGGCCAGGCACAACAAUGGAAAAACUUGUCGUCCGCCCAGGUGGAUUCCUGCAGUUAAGAAUGAAGCAAAAGCUGCGCAGUAGGACGAAUAAAGCACUCUCCUACAAAGAAUCGCAUUGGAGGACAUCUGAAAACCCUUCUGAUUGUUUGGACAUGUAUGGAUCAGGAUCAUCAGGACUAUUAUAUAAAGGGACUCCACACAGCCAGUUUGGGGUGACAAGAUCUCUGGAGAUUGAACAUCAAUAUAAACUGUCAAUCAAACAGAAGUAUGAGAGUGAGUGGAGCUCGCUGUCUGGUGAACGAGAGUCAUUGUCUGCCCUGUAUAAUGAACCAGUGAUCAUUCAGAAAGAUGAAAAUGGCAGCUUUGAGAACAUCAGUAUGGACAUGUUGUUGAUUUUACAUGGUACAAUGCCUGUCAUUCUCCAAGGUGACUCUGGCAGUGGCAAAUCCUUCAUAGCACAGAAGAUCAUGUUGAACUGGGCAUCUGAAUUUUCGAUACAUUUUUAUGUAGUUUUCUAUCUGAGGUGUGAAGAACUGAUGUGUUUUUCUGAGGAGAUGAAUUUAAUUGAACUCUUGAGCUACAGCUGUGGUUUAACAUCAAAUCAGAUCUCGGAGAUGUUACAGAAGCCACCAAAGAGGAUGGUUUUCAUCAUUGAUGGGUUUGAUGAGCUGAGACUAACGCAGGACAUUUAUGAAAUGUCAGCACACACUAAUCCACUUCAAAAAGCCCCUGCUGAGGUCAUUCUGUGUUCCCUGUUGAGGGGAUACCUCAUCCCUGGGAUCAGCCUGCUGGUCACCACCAGAACUAAGAACACAGUGAACAAGCUGCUGAGAAAACAGCCAUGUUUCACUGAAAUCAUGGGUUUUUCUGAGAAGAAGGUGGAGACGUACUUCCAGACGUUCUUCAGCAAAGAGUAUGACUGUGUGAGCACAAAUGAAAGCCUCCUCACUGCCUGCUCCAUUCCUGUUAUCUGCUGGAUUGUUAGUGAGAUGUUCAGACUCGGUGCAGAUGUAUCAAGCGGACUGGAAACCACCACCUCCAUCUAUGUUGGCUUUGUGUCAACUCUACUAGAGCAUCACUGUCGGGGUUUGAGUCAGUCUGUGCCGACCCUGCUGAGGAGUCUGGGUCAGCUGGCAGAGAGAGGGAUGCUGGAACAACAAGUGAUGUUUGAUGAGAAAAAUGUGGAUGAAAUAAUUUCAGACCCUGUUGCCAAUCCAUUCCUGUGCAGGUUCCUCUCUAAGAGAAGAAUCCGUCAGGAGACAAUGUUCAGUUUCAUGUAUCACAGCUUUCAGGAGUUCUUCACUGCUCUGUACUAUGUUCUUCUGGAUGCAGAAGAGUCUCAGAGGAAAGUGAGGGAGCUGCUUCACACUGUAGAGAGAGGAUGGGCUUUGUCCUUUUGGUCUGAUAGAGACUUUUCAAUGGCAGAUGUAGAAGUAAGACAGUCAAAUCUGCUGCAGCCUGUGAUUCUGUUCCUCUGUGGUCUGUGUAAGAAAAAAUGGAUCCCGUCGUUCUUUGAAAAGCUCAACGUGCCUGUCUCUGUCAACAUAGAAACCCAGCUUAAGGAAUGGAUCAGUACAUAUUCACAGAGAUAUCAAAGUGAACACAUGCUGUUCAUUCUCCAUUGUCUCUACGAGCUUCAUGAGAAAAGCUUCAUUAGGAAAGUGUUAGAAGAUUUGAUUUUGAUAGAUCUGUCUCAUACUCUACUGAAAAGGACAGACUGUUGGGUGUUGAAGUACUGUUUACGGUGCUGUGAACACAUCAGAAACCUGAAACUCCAUGUAACAUCUGAUAAUCUGAAGAUGCUCCUGCCUGAACUGUCCCGCUGUAAACAGCUGUGGUUGAUAUUGGAUCACAUUUCAGAUGAUGUUGUUGGUUUGGUCUCAGCUGCUGCUGAAGGAAAGAAACGGACUAAACUCAAUAUAAAUAUGCCUGACAACUAUGGAUUCCACCGAGAGAUCACUGUGUCAGUCAGAGAUGGAGACAUCACGUUGUCUUUUUCAGAGUUCACAUCAUCAGCCACGGAAUUAACUCUUACCUCUCCUCACUCAUUUAUUUCCACCAUCAACUGGGUGAAAUCACAGAAUAAGAUGUCAUUGUUCAGUUCUAGAUAUUUACGAAAUCAAGAUGGACUGUUGACGUUCCUGCAAUCAGUAUCUGGUUUGAAGAAAGUCUGUCUGCAAGAUGUAGUUCUGACUGAACCAUAUAGCUCUAAAAUCAUGUCCCUCAUUAAAGCCUGUCCCAGUUUGAUUGAACUCAGGAUAAAUGUCACAGAUAAAUACAUGAUGGAGUACACCCACUCCAUGAAGACAUCAUUGGAGAAGAUGGGUUGGACUCUGACUGUCUGGGGGAAAUUAGCAUUGCUUAAGCUAAACAUGGAAAGAUUCACAGAGGGGAAGAUGAAGACAAAGCAGGAAAAGACUAAGAGAGGAAUAGGAGAGAGUUCAGAUUCUGUGUUAAAAGCUGAAUCAUCAACAUACUCCUUCUCAGAAGAUGUAGUGUUCACACCAGAAUUGAGCGGUGAUGAAGAUAAACUCAAGAAUACAUACAGGUUUGUGUGUGCACAUGCUGGUCAGUUUCGUUGCAGUCUGACCAAUCUUGUGUUUGUGAUGGAGGGUGAAGGAGAGGUGCUGUAUAGAGUUGAUUCAUGGGAUCCUCGUCUGUUAGAUGGUUUGGGUCAGAUGCGACCGGCAGGACCCUUGUAUGACAUUGACUGUUCUGCAAAAUCAGUCUUACGACUGCAACUUCCGCACUGUGUGAUAUUCUCUGAGGAAAAUAAGGACGGUUUGGCUGUAGCACAUUUCACUGGUGGUAAUGUAGAAAUAAUACAGCCACUCAGAGUGACAGAAACUCAUGUGAUCAUUGACAUCAGAGAUCUCAGCCGGUUUGGGCUCAUCUGGAUUAAAACAAUAUUUGGCUACCCCAUUGAUGGCCAGGUUUUGCUCUUUCUUCGACCAGUAACUGUUGAACAGGAACAGAAAAUACUUAAUGUCCACUUGCUUCCAGGGAAUGUUCCAGUAACAGAGGUCCAGUGUUUCCACCACAAUAAAUCAUACAUAGAGACAAGUUCAAAAUGUUGUCUUUUUACUGACAGACAAUACAGUCUGUGUUGUCAGCCAGAGAACUGUGAAGUGCAACCAAUGAGUGAGAUAUUUCAGCUUGAUAAUUUUGGUCCAAACUAUCAUCCCACAUUUGAAGUGUUUCUGGAUGUCAACAUCAAGGAGGUCAAGCUGGGUGUUGUGGACAAAACUGAAGAUGGGAAAGAAGUGUGGCCCAGACGGCGAAUCCUUCUUACAGCACCAAGUAAAGCUGCAGAACCUCCUGCACACCGAAGGAUCCCAGAAACUGAAUUUGUGAACACACAUGGAGAUAAACUCACUCAGAGAGUUUCAUCAGUGAUGGCGAUUGCUGACAGUUUAAAGACCAAAAAAAUAAUUACUCCUGAAAUGUGGAGUAAGAUCCAUGUUGCAGAAACACUACAGGAGAAAAUGAGACGCUUGUUGAUUGCUCUUGAGUCUGGAGGAGAUAAUGCAAAAGUAGAAUUCUGCAGACUGCUGAAGGAGAACGAACCUGAUCUAGUCAAAGAACUGGGACCUCAUUUAUAAAAUGUGCAUAUGCAUGGAUAUGAUUUUAUAGAGUGUGCAUAUGGUAAAAAUCGCCACUCAGAAUUAUAAAAACCAUCUUUGACGAGGAAAGGUGCUUACCACUAUGUCAUGUGCCAAACAGACAUAACAUUGUUGCAGAGUUGGAGUACUGCAAGUAUUUGGAAAUCAAAGGAAUUCUUUCCACUGCUCAAAUAAAGGAUUUGGAUGUUGACUGGUGCUCUUCUGCAGUAUAUGUUCAUUACAUUAAGUGGCAUUUACAAGGCAGAUAUCUGAAACCAUUUAGCUGUUCACAACUUUAAGAUCACCUGGUUUGAUUUCACAUCAAUGGCUUCACUGUUAUUCUACUGUACAUGUCUGUAGCAAGAGGUCCAGAUGUUUCUGUUUUCUUAAAUUAGAUGUUACUGGCAUUAUCUCCUGCUGUUCAUGUUCUCCAGUUUGAUUUGUGAUGAUCCAAAGAAUAUCUUGAGCAAAAACAUCUGAUGGGCUGUACAAAUUUGAUGUAUUCCUUCAUUUGUGUAAUAACGUUAAUAAGCUGUCAUUUUAUGUUUUCAAAAUGUUAUACUGUGUACUCGGAUUUAAAUUAGAUUGCAAUCCUCAUAUUUUAUUUUUGGUCCCCAAUGCAUGUACUGUAUAUAGUGUCGAUGUAUUUCUUAUUAACUGUAUGAGUUGUUACUGUAUGAUGACGAGUCACUAUGAAAGAUGUUUUUUAUUUUAUAAUACUGUGGAAAAAUAACCACAUACAAUUUAAAAAGAACCAUAGUAAAAGUGGCUGUGGGGAAAAAGCACAUGGGUCAUUUUUUUCUUUUGUACUUUACAUUUUAACAGAUGAUUAAAACAAAGAUAAAAUAAAGUUAACCAUAAACACAAUGUGAAGUACAGGUCUUUUUUAACAGGAGCAUGAGGAAAUGGAUCUCAAGAGUCAGACAUGCUCUCACAUUCACACAAUAUAAACACAGUAUUGCACAUUCAUUCCCCCAUCUUUCCUUCUCUGAUAUGUUUUAUUACUCAUAUUCAUUGUCCUCUCAUCAUACAUAAAGGUGCCAAAUAAGUCUCAUUUAUUAAGAGAAUUAACAUGGAUAUUUAAAGAAAAAAUAUUUUGUGCAAAUUUUAACCAAUGCACUGCAAAAAUUCUGUUUUAUUGACAAACCUGC